GGAGUCGUUGAUUGACAAGCGUAUAGAAAGUGCGGUGUGUCAGAUGCAGUCUGUCAUUGAGCUUGGACGAGUCAUCAGAGACCGCAGGACUCUGCCCGUUAAGUAUCCCUUAAAGGAGGUGGUAGUGAUCCACCAAGAUCCAGAAGCUCUGAGAGACAUCACCUCCCUGCAGAAAUACAUCCUGGAGGAGUUGAAUGUCCGCCAGUUGACCUUGUCCACGGACAAAGACAAGUACGGCAUCAGCCUGCGGGCUGAACCGGACCACAUGGUGCUGGGAAAGAGGCUGAAAGGAGCCUUCAAAUCCAUUACGGCGUCCAUUAAAGAACUGAAGAGCGAACAGCUGGAGACCUUCCAGAAGACUGGCUCCAUCGUGGUGGACGGUCAGGAGCUUCAUGAGGAAGACCUGAGGUUGAUGUACAGUUUCAACCAGACCUCUGGGUCAGCGACGCAGUACGAGGCCCAUUCUGACUCACAGGUACACACACACACACACACACACACACACACACACACACAGCUUCAACCAGACCUCUGGCUCAGCGACGCAGUACGAGGCCCAUUCUGACUCACAGGUACACAC